UGCAAUAUGAGCGCCAAUAUAGAGCUGGAAGAUAUCGCGGAGAACCCCCGCAAGCGACUUAAGGUCGAUAAUCCCGCUCCGACUGGCGAUGUCCUCGUCAGCACGCCUGCGCCUGCGCUUGCAGGGAGAUCUUCGACCGUCGACGCGCAGAGUUUGAAAGAGGCAGAGGUGGGGAUCACGGAGUUCGCCAGCUGCCACAAUGAGGGAUUCUCGGGAGUUCUUAAAAAGAGGUAUACAGACUUCUUGGUCAACGAGAUCUUGCCGUCUGGCGAAGUCCUACAUCUGCGGGAUGUUACAGUACCUGCGUCUCUGAGACGGGAGAAUAACAAGAAGGAUGAAGGAACGAGUACUGGAACUCUGACUGGCGUGUCAGAGGCAACUCGCGAAGAACCCGCGGAGCCCACGAAAAACGAACAACAAAAGGAGACACCGGCCGCGCCCGAAGUUCAGAUUUCCGACGAAGACAAUUCGCUUUUGGAGUCCUACUUCGGGCCCGAAAUUGCCCAGAGAAUCGUCAAACUGCAUAAGCGCGCCAUGUCAAGCCCCAAGUCUCGUCCAGGAGAACUGGGGAGGAUCUCGACGAUCGCCAUUUCCGAUCGCGACCUGCGGACAAAGAUACAUCAAGCCAUUCGACGGAUCUUCAACUCCCAGCUUGAAUCGUCUACGGACCCGGAAGGCAUCAUGGCCAUCAGUGCCGCCGCGAAUCGUUUUAAACGGAACACACAAGGUGGACGUGGCGGCAAUUCUAGAGAGGGAGGCAGAUUCAAUUGGGACGAGGUCGGAGGUCCAUAUCUGCAUUUCACCAUAUACAAAGAAAACAAAGAUACCAUGGAGACCAUCUCCUUUAUUGCACACCAGUUAAAAAUGAACACGAAAAGCUUUCAGUUCGCCGGUACCAAGGAUCGACGUGGUGUGACGGUACAGCGCGCCUGCGCUUUUCGAGUGCAUGCUGACCGUCUCGCGAGGCUCAACUCGACCCUGCGCAACGCGACAGUAGGUGAUUUUGAAUACCGCAAUCACGGACUCGAACUGGGGGAUCUCAAUGGGAACGAGUUUGUCAUAACUCUCCGAGACUGCGAGAUUCCUGGUAUCAAUGUGAGAGCGAAUGCCGAGGAUGAAGUCAUUGCAAAGGCCAGAGAGGUUGUAGGCCAGUCGCUGCGGAGUCUCCACGAACGGGGGUACUUCAACUACUACGGCUUGCAGCGUUUCGGUAGCUUCUCCAGACGAACGGACACGAUCGGGCUUAAAAUGCUACAGGGCGACUUCAAGGGAGCCUGUGAGGCUAUUCUCCACUUUAGCCCGCAUGUACUUGCAGCGGCUCAGGGAAACCCGGAAGAUCCAACUGUUCUAAUCAGCACUGAAGACAAAGCUCGUGCGGAAGCGAUUCAUAUCUUCCAAACGACCGGAAGAAUUAACAACGCUCUCGGCAAGCUACCCCGGAAAUUCUCUGCGGAAUUGAACAUAAUCCGCCACCUGGGACGGUCGAAAGGGGACUACCUCGGCGCCCUCCAAGCCGUUCCCCGGAACCUGCGGUUGAUGUACGUCCACGCAUACCAGUCGCUUGUGUGGAACUCCGCCGUCAGCGAACGCUGGCGCUUAUACGGUGAUAAGGUCGUCGAGGGAGAUCUAGUCAUCAUCAAUGAGCACAAGGAAAAGGAACAGGAUCCAGAUAAUGCAACUAGCGAUCAAACAACAAUCGACGCGGACGGUGAAGUCAUCAUCCUUCCUCAGGCCAAUGACUCUGCCGUCGCUGCAGAUGAUAUAUUCACGCGCGCGCGGGCAUUGACCGCCGCCGAAGCGGCAAGUGGGAAAUACACCAUCUUCGACAUCGUCCUGCCCCUUCCCGGUUUCGAUAUUCUAUACCCAGCGAACAAAAUGAUGGAGUUCUACAAGCAGUUCAUGGGCAAUGCGGAAGGCGGGGCCCUGGAUCCAUUCGACAUGCGUCGUAAAUGGAGAGACAUUAGUCUUAGCGGGAGUUAUCGGAAGCUGUUGUCUCGGAUGGGAGGGGAUUAUUCUUUCGACGUGAAGCUCUAUUCGCAGGAUGAUGAGAAAUUCGUCCAUACAGACCUGGAGGUGCUGCAAUCUGCCAGUGAAAACGAAAAUGGACCCAAUACUGAGGCCGCGGCGGAAAACUCUGCGGAUAACAAGGACAAGAAGCUCGCCGUGAUCCUGAAGUUCCAGCUCGGAUCCAGUCAGUAUGCCACCAUGGCGCUGAGAGAGCUUAUGAAGGGGAAUGCAAAGGCCUAUAUACCUGAUUUCGGCGGGAGGGAGGUUACGAGGUCUUAGUCUAGGAAGGGAAUGUGUUUUCUCAUGGGAUUGACUGUUUACUCAUGUAUCUAUAUCUAUAGACAGGGUACAGUAUUCAAAUAUGGAUUUGCAAAGGUAUCAAAAAAGCAAGAAAAGUUGAUUGUGUUAUCUUGAAUAUACUUGCUCUAAACAGCACAACGCAUGCUUACGGUAUAAUGUGAUUCUAAUUUACG